GCGGGCUGCGGCAGCGCGGGAGUCCUGUGCGAGAGAACCACCGCAGAGAGAAGGUCUCCCCAGGACAUCAUGCGGAGUGCUACCAAGCCCUGGAGUCCAGUUGCCAAAGCAGGCAGCCAUGGUCCUGACCGCGCUCGGCCCCUCCCUGGGACUCCUUCUGGCAUGAAGAGCUCCAAGUCUUCAACCUCACUGUCUUUCGAGUCUCGGCUGAGUAAGCUCAAGAGGGCCAGCAGCGAGGACAUGCUCAACAAACCUGGAAGUGCCUCAUCAGGGGUGGCGAGACUGAAGAAGACCUCAACCUCUGGAGCCAUCUCUGAGCUCACUGAGAGCCGCCUGAGGAACAACACAGGGACUAUUCCAACAACUAAACGGACAGGCAUUCCAGCUCCACGGGAACUCUCAGUAACUAUCUCCAGAGAGAGGUCUGUGCCACGUGGUCCCUCCAGCUCAAAGAAGUUGGGCUCCAGUCCAACAUCCUCCUGCAAUCCCACUCCUACUAAGCAUCUAAGGACCACCCCUGCAAAACCUAAGCAAGAGCAUGAAGGUGCAGAAAAGGCUGUGCUCGAGUCCCAGGUACGGGAACUUCUGGCAGAAGCCAAAACCAAAGACAGUGAAAUCAACAGGCUUCGAAGUGAACUAAAAAAAUGUAAAGAGAGGUGGGCCCUGAGCACGGAGGACACCAAUGCUUCAGACCCAAGUGCAGAGAGAACAUCAGCCCCAGUAAGUGAUGCAGAGCCUUUGAUAAGAACCCUGGAGGAGAAGAAUAAGAGCUUUCAGAAAGAACUUGCCGACCUAGAGGAAGAAAACAGAGCCUUGAAGGAGAAACUGACUUACCUUGAGCAGUCACCAAAUUCAGAAGGAGCAGCAAGUCACACUGGUGACAGCAGCUGCCCAACAUCUAUAACCCACGAGUCCAGCUUCGGAAGCCCAGUUGGAAAUGAGUUGUCCAGUGAAACGGAUGAGUACAGAAGAAGCACACAUGGGAGUGCAUUGCGGACAUCAGGGUCUUCAAGCAGUGAUGUUACUAAAGCCUCUCUGUCACCGGAUGCCUCAGAUUUCGAGCAUAUCACUGCAGAUACCCCAUCUCGGCCCCUGUCAGCCACUAGCAACCCUUUUAAGAGCUCCAAGGGCUCCCCUACUGGGAGCUCCCCAAACAAUGCAAGCGAGCUGUCCUUGGCAUCUCUUACUGAGAAGAUACAAAAGAUGGAGGAGAAUCAGCACAGCACUGCAGAAGAGCUGCAGGCUACUCUGCAAGAAUUAUCAGACCAGCAGCAGAUGGUGCAGGAACUGACAGCUGAGAAUGAGAAGCUAGUGGAUGAGAAGACCAUUUUGGAGACCUCCUUCCACCAGCACCGAGAGAGGGCAGAACAGCUGAGUCAGGAAAAUGAGAAACUGAUCAAUCUUUUACAAGAACGAGUGAAAAAUGAGGAAUCUAGUGCUCAAGGAGGAAAAAUCCUUGAGCUGGAGCAGAAGUGCACAGAUAUUCUUGAGAAGAGCCGCUUUGAAAGAGAGAAGCUGCUCAACAUUCAGCAGCAGUUGACCUGUAGCCUACGGAAGGUUGAGGAAGAAAACCAAGGCGCUAUAGACAUGAUUAAGCACCUGAAGGAAGAAAAUGAAAAGCUGAAUGGGUUCCUAGAAAAUGAACGGUGCAAUAAUAGCGUGAUGGCCAAAACUUUGGAGGAAUGUAGAGUUACCUUGGAAGGCUUGAAAAUGGAGAAUGGGUCCUUGAAGGCUCAUUUGGAGGCCGAUAAGCAAAAAGCCAUAGAGGCCAGCGGUACCGUGGGGCAGGCAGCAGAGAACUUCGAGGUUCAGGAAAUGCUGAAAGUGGCUCGAGCUGAGAAAGAUCAGUUGCAGUUGUCUUGCACAGAGCUCAGACAAGAAUUGCUAAAGGCAAAUGGUGAAAUUAAACAUGUUUCCAGCCUGCUAGCUAAGAUGGAGAAAGAUUAUUCUUACCUGAAAGAGGUCUGUGAUCAUCAAGCAGAACAGCUGAGCAGAACCAGCCUAAAAUUACAAGAGAAAGCUUCAGAAAGUGAUGCAGAAAUCAAAGAUAUGAAAGAAACCAUAUUUGAAUUGGAAGACCAGGUGGAACAGCAUCGCGCCGUCAAGUUACACAAUAACCAACUCAUCAGUGAGCUGGAAAGCAGUGUGAUCAAGCUGGAGGAGCAGAAGUCAGACCUAGAGCGGCAAUUAAAGGCUCUAACAAAACAGAUAAAGGAGGAAACAGAGGAAUGGAGGCGGUUCCAGGCAGACCUUCAGACUGCAGUGGUAGUGGCCAACGAUAUCAAGUGUGAGGCUCAGCAGGAGCUUCGUACUGUGAAGAGGAGGUUGCUGGAGGAGGAAGAGAAAAACGCCAGGCUGCAGAAGGAGCUGGGGGACAUACAGGGCCACAGCAGUCAUAACACACAAGAGCUCACCUGUGCUGGGACCAAAAUUGGCAGUGCCACCAAGCAGUGCAGAAAAUCAGCACCAUUUGAAAGCCCUGUUCCACAGCCACCAAGACCUGUGAAUGAAGAGCCAGAGCCCUCAGAGGUCAAUGCUGCUGGCCGGUGGCGUGGAGUCUAUGUCAACAGAACAUCUCCGGCUCCUUCAGACUCUGCAACCACAGUAAAGUCACUGAUCAAAUCAUUUGACUUAGGACACUCAGGUGGAACUGGACAGAGUAUUUCUGUCCACAAGACUCCCAGAAGCCCCCUGAGUGGAAUCCCAGUAAGGACUGCUCCUGCAGCUGCUGUCUCUCCGAUGCAGAGACAUUCGACUUACAGCAGCAUGAGGCCAGCCAGCAAAGGGAUAUCUCAGCGCUUGGACCUGCCGGAUCUUCCCCUCUCCGAUCUUCUGAAGGGAAGGGCUGAGGACCGGAAGUCAGACCCUUAUCUCCGAAAGAGUCCCUCACUGGAAUCCCUGAGCAGACCCCCCUCCCUGGGCUUUGGGAACACCAGACUACUGAGUGCGUCCACUGGGGGUCUGAAGCCAAGCAAGCUCAGUGUUGAAAGAAGAGACCCUCUGGCAGCCCUGGCCCGGGAAUAUGGUGGCUCUAAGCGUAACGCACUCCUGAAAUGGUGUCAGAAGAAGACAGAAGGUUAUGCGAACAUUGAUAUCACCAACUUCAGCAGCAGCUGGAGUGAUGGGCUGGCCCUCUGUGCUCUGCUGCACACCUACCUGCCUGCCCACAUCCCAUACCAGGAGUUGAACAGUCAGGAGAAAAAAAGGAAUCUCUUGCUGGCAUUUGAAGCAGCAGAAAGUGUUGGCAUCAAACCCAGCCUGGAGCUCAGUGAGAUGCUGUACACAGACCGGCCUGACUGGCAGAGCGUGAUGCAGUAUGUGGCCCAGAUCUACAAGUACUUUGAGACAUAAACAGACCCACUAAGCUGCCCCUUGACCUCAAGUUAGUCCUGGAUGUGCCUCCUCACUGUCCAUCACACCUGGUAUGCCCAUCACCUAGCCAUCUGGAUUUCCAAGGAAGGCAUCGGGAAGCACAGCUGGCUCCUCCAUGUCCCCACCGUGCGGAUCAGAUGCAAACGUGUCUGGAGCCUAUGCUCAGGAAUCCUUGCUCCCAAUGGGAGGUUUCUAGAGAGGCAGGCCCCACUCCUCAUAUACUGGGUCCCCAAACCCAGGCCCUCUUCUGUGAGAUUCUAGCGUUGCCAGUCCCAUUUGCAACCCCACACAUGGUCUACAUGCUGACAAACAGCCCUUCAAUUACUAUAUCUCUUCUUCCCCCCUUUACUAAAAGUGCUCUGGCUUUGCUUCAGUCCAAACUCUGUCCUUACCAACUGCCGACCCCAAAAUAAAGCAGCAUCCUACAGAACAGAAAAACAAAAGCGGCUUUCGCUUCUUAGCCACCUAGAAACACACUGAUUAGGGAAAUAGUUUGCUCAGCUCUGUGUAACUGAGGACUUAAUUAUACUGCAUAGGUCUCACCGCCCCUAUUUGAUUCUCAGGUGUGCAAAGGAGCCCUUGGGUGCCUUGCUGAUGGUCCACGGGAGGCCAACUGGCAGCACAUUAACCACACAGCCUGAGAACAGGGCUGGUGUCCUAGCUGAUGGAACCAUGUCCAUUGUCCACAUCACCUUCUGCCCUGCUACUUAGUUACAGUCCUGUUCUCACACACACACACACACACACACACACAUCUGCCUGACACUGGGACUCAGCAGAAGUCACGUAUGCGUGUGAAGCAGCCUGUGCUGGUGAGCUCCUUGAACAUGUACACAGUUCUACAGGAUGGGAAGACAGAAAUAUAAACUGUUUUAGCUCCAGACAGAGUUGGUCCUUAGUACUUGUUGGGCCCUAUACAUUUGCCUAAUGAAAGGAGCUAUUAGGAACAGUCGUGCUUUCCCUGAUGUCCUGCUGCUUCCUGAGAAGCAGCGUGGCCCCUCCCUGAGGACUCAGGCUCCUUGGCUCUAGAGUCUAGAGGCUCUUUGCUAUUUUUCUUGGACAAAUAAAUGUGCACUUCAUAGCAAAUGAGGGUGCCCACCCCUCUCUCAGACAGUUGGGUGUGCACAAACACCCAUUAUUAUUCUAAGUGCCAAACUGCCCUGUGCUGGUCCUUUGAGAAAGGAUCCUGGUCACAGCAGCCCCUAAGAAUGACUGCCGUAGUCCUAGUGAACCUCUGCCUGCUUAUCUGAGCCACCCUGCUGGCCCAGUCCGUAUCCUUGGAGGACCUGGGUGCAGCAGCACUGAUUCUCAAACUAUUGUAGCCUCUUGGGGCCACGGACUCCACUUUCAGGCUCUAUCUGUCGUUCUUGGCUGUAGCUCCAUCUAGUUCCCCUAGGACUCUUAGGAACUGCGUGCCUGACCCCUCUGAUCAGGUAAGUCAGAAUAACUGGAAUGGAGCAGAGACGGAGUCUGCAGAUUCUCACAGUUCUCCAGAACUGGUGGACAACCAUGCAGAGGGGCAGGACAUUUCCCCAACCCCUGUGCUCCCACAGGAGCUCCUGAACAGCAGUUUAGAGACCACUGUCAGCUGUGAAACGGGGCCCUUCAUCUCCAGGUAGAAGUCUAGGGCUCAGAACCUCUUUCUGAUGAAGGUUCCUCUGAAAGCUAGGAGGUGUGCUGCUUAAGCACUGGCUGUGUUGACAUGACUGAGGACAGCCCUCUGUCUCCAAGCUUCUGCCUUGCCCAGCGGGAGAAGUGCUGUCCCACACAGCUGGGUGCUGUUUCCUCACGUAUGAUAUCCCGUGUCGGAGAGGCCAGUUAAGGCAUGGGAAUUUAGUCUGUCUCUGGCUCUUGUCAGGGUGCUGCCUAAACAUCUAGGGGCUCUCAGCAGAGCAGUCUCCAUGCUAGUUUCCAGUCACCUUACAGUUCCCUUGUGAGGCACAUUGGGGCCCAGCCUCCCUGUGAUCAGAGCCCAGUUUGCUGAAGACUGGCCAGCCACAUCUGUUCUUGUCUUUAUUUUCCUUUGGCUUUCCCCUGAUUACUAUUGUUCUCGCCAGGGAGGUAGAAGAGGAAUAAGAUCCUUCCCAGUAGAAGCAGGUACUGCUGGUGAUGGGAGCAAGGCAGAGGGCAGGCAGAUAGCACUCCAGUUCUCUGACAUGGUACCACACUGCUGUGCGUGGAGGUGCAGGGUCUGGGAAGAGCUCCAGGGCACAAAAGUGAAUAUGGAAAACUGACCAGCUAAGAAUGCCAGCACAGCGAGUGCGGGUGCCUUACGUUUUGUUGGGUUUUGGUUUGGGGGGUGGGUUUGUUUGUUUGUCUUGCUUUGUUUGGAGGUUUUGUGAAACAGAAUCUCAGCAGCCCAGGCUGGCCUUGAACUCCUGAUCUUCCUGCCUCUGCCUCCCAGGUGCUGAGAUUUGAUACCUUGCCCAGCUUUGGUACUUUGUGUUUUUGCUGUGUUUUUGUUUGUCCUGUGCUUCUCUACUACCAUUUGGAGGCUGUCAGAGGCCUCCAUAGUCAUGUGUUUCCCGUGUGCCCUCAGCUAAGCACAAGAGAGAGCCACAGAAGUUAAACCAUGUGGGGACGUCUGUGAUGUUCUGUGCUGAGUGCUGUCUGAGCCGAUGACAGAUGACAGUGCUGAGGCCAUAUUCACAGGGAUAGGGCCCAAGGAACCACCCUUUCCUCAGUCCCUUCUCACUUUAGCAGCCUUGUUUGUCCUUAGUUCUCAUUCUUCAUCCAGGUGUUCCUUAGCUUUUGUAGACCAUCCAGAAUACAAGCCGUGGCUGGGAGAGAAAAGCCAUGUCCUGCCAAGCACAGUGCCCCUGCCUGUGACUUCAGUUAUUCUGGAGAUGGAAACAGGAGAAUCAGUUGGCCCCAGGGAUUUGGGACUAGUUUGGCAAAAGAGACCCUGAGAGUGAGUGGGGCUGUCCCAAAGCAAUCGGCCUUCUAGUAAUAAUGACUAUCUGGCAUAUUCUCUUCCUAUCUCUCACGGGUACCAGACACAUGCCAGUUUCACUGGCCUGUGGAAAUGGAGAGCUGAGACCCUUAGGGAAAACCCACACACCAAAUCUAGCAGUUCUUAAGUAUCCCAGUUUGAGAUGUACCACUACCAACACAUAUAAUGCCCCCACCCCAGCCAUAUGAAGAGAAGUGUUUCCACCAUCUGCUGAAGGCCCUGGAUAUCUAGGUGCUCUGAUUGAGGUUGGAGUUCCAAGUCUAGGACACCCUGAGUAGCUCACUGACUGUCACUACAUUAGUUGAAUGCACUUGAUACAUCGUGGCCUCCUUUCUGUCAAGAGCACACUAGAUAGCACCAAGCACACCAAGUGUGACAUUACCAUUAGAGGUGAACAUGGCUCAGAAUGGAAGUGUAAGGGGUGCGCUGUGUAAUAUUUCUAAUAAAUAUAUUUUGUUUCUGCCUCA